CUUCGGAGUGCGGUAUUUGACGGAUUGGAUUCUCUUGCCGCCCGUUUUCUGGGCUGACGUUGAGCUGUCAGUCAGUCAGUCAGUUGGAGCUGGAUGAAAGGGAAGAUGACCCUGGGAGGGAAGGUGGUUCCGUUGUUUUGGCGACUUUGUGUUUUCUCCUGUUUCUGGGUGUGCGGCCUCCUGGGGACAUCUGACUUGAGCUAUGUCACUUGUGGCUCGGUUAUAAAAUUAUUAAACACCCGACACAAUGUGAGGCUGCACUCGCACGACGUGAAGUAUGGCUCAGGAAGUGGUCAGCAGUCUGUGACUGGAGUGACUGAAGCAGAUGACAGUAAUAGUUAUUGGAGGAUACGUGGAAAAAGUGACACUGUGUGCCAACGUGGAAAUCCGAUAAAAUGUGGUGAAACUAUUCGUUUGACCCAUAUAAACACAGGCCGUAAUUUGCACAGCCAUUACUUUACAUCUCCAUUAUCAGGAAACCAGGAGGUGAGUGCAUUUGGUGAGAAUGGAGAAGGAGAUAGCCUGGAUAAUUGGACUGUUAUGUGUAGUGGAACAUAUUGGGAACGAAAAAAUCCGGUGAGGUUUAAACAUACUGCUACAGAAGUCCUGCUGUCCAUUACAGGAGAACAAUAUGGGCGACCAAUAAAUGGCCAACUUGAAGUUCAUGGCAUGCAGUAUUCAAACCAGUUUAAUUCUUGGAAAGUAAUGGAAGGAAUCUUUAUGAAGCCUGUGGAAGUGUCAAGGGCUGGAGUGGAAUCACAUAUUGAACUAUAAGUAAAACAAAAGCUGUCAGUACCAUGUGGUUUAAUUUGCAUUUGGGCCCUGAGCAAAAUCUAAAUCUCAAUCUAUUUUCAGUAUUUUAUAUACUGUGAGUUGGACAUGCAAAAUCUUGCACCUUGACAGUACAUUUUUGAAAAAUUGAUCCUGAGAAGAGCACAAGGUGUACUGGGAAGUCCUAUUCUUUAACACCAGAUGGCUGCAGAAACAUUUUAAAACACUUAAGUUGAAUGGGACUGUAUUUGUUUUUACUUAUGCUUGCGAUGUAAAAACAAAAUUUAGGAUGCAUUUAAUGUGUUCUUUGACUGGAACAUACCCAUGUAGUAUUUAAAAUUAGCAAUCAAUUCGGAAGAAUAGUAAGGCUUUAACUUUUGGACCACUAAAAAGCAGUGGCAAAAAGAAAGUAUUAAUUAUAUUGGUGGUCAUUUAUUUUGAGUCCUGAAUUAAUGCAAAGGAAAUUUAGAUUAUUAAAUAAAGGGAAAGUGGAGUUACUGAAUGAAGUUUGGAAUGACUGAAAUUAAAAUUGGCAGUGUAAAAGACUGGUAUUGAAUUAGUUUUGCUUCAUAGCCUGAAGAUCAUGAACUUGCUUUUCUUGGUUGGCCGAUUUUCAUAAGGUUUCAAUUCUUUACCUAAAUGCGUGGGAUUAUGCAAAAUAAAGGCAAGGUACCUCAUUUCAAAUUUGAAAUGAGAAAGCUGAAGGGCCAAACCCUUACUAAAUGAGAAGUAAUUUCUUUAGCCAAUUGUUAAAUUCACCUUCGCUGGGAAGAUGUAUGAUGGCAAUCAGCCUGCAAAAGGUAAAGAAAGUGGGACUGGGAUUGGAAGGGGCAGUCUUAAAAGAGGUAAAACCUUAGUUUUAUAAUUGCUAGACCAAACAUAAUUGUUUGUUUUUGGGUGCCAAGUUAAGAGCCAAAGGCAAUCAUUUGAAAGAACAUCUUUUCUUUAGCAACCAUUUCCAAUCAACCCCCAUCUUUGUGAAGUAUUUACUGUAUUCUUUGUUUUAUUCUUCAAGAAUCCUGACACUUUUAAGACCUUUUAAAUAAAGUCAAUUUCUUUUGGCUUUUGGAAUUCAUAUUUAGAGAUAAGCCAUUACUACUUUAACACAUCUGAGCAUCUUUGCUGUUAUGCAUACGGUCUUAGUGAUGUAACAAAGUUAUGAUAGGAUAGUGUUAUGAAAUAUGUUUGGACCAAAAAAGGAGGAAAUUAUUGAAACUCUGGUUUUUUGCAAAAUUGUAAUGGAAAAUGACGAUUGUGAUGUCUAAUGAAGUAACAUAAUUAGUCCUGAAGCAAACUACCGUAAAUUUAAAUGUUGCUACAGCUGUACAUUGAAUUUUCAUAUUCUCUUCCUGAACUUGAACCAAAAUGCCCAAAUGUUAUAAUCCACCAUUUAAUAUAAAACUUCUGCUACAUGAUGUCAAUGAACCAUUUUUCAUUGUACUGCAUGGAAUAAAUUCUGUUUAUGUGAA